AUGAGGGAGUACAAGGUGGUGGUUCUGGGCAGCGGCGGCGUGGGCAAGUCGGCCCUCACCGUUCAGUUCGUCACCGGAACCUUCAUCGAGAAGUACGAUCCCACCAUUGAAGAUUUCUACCGGAAGGAAAUCGAGGUGGACUCGUCGCCCUCGGUGCUGGAGAUCCUGGACACGGCCGGGACCGAGCAGUUCGCGUCCAUGCGGGACCUCUACAUCAGGAACGGACAAGGGUUCAUUCUGGUCUACAGUCUGGUCAACCACCAGAGCUUUCAGGACAUCAAGCCCAUGAGGGAUCAGAUCAUCAGGGUCAAGAGGUACCAGCAGGUGCCGGUAGUCCUAGUGGGCAAUAAAGUGGACCUGGAGGACGAAAGGGAGGUGUCCCCUAGCGAGGGCCAGGCGCUGGCAGAAGACUGGGGCUGCCCUUUCAUGGAGACCUCCGCCAAGAGCAAGACCAUGGUGGACGAGCUGUUUACCGAAAUCGUGAGGCAGAUGGAUUUUUGCCCACUCCCGGACCGUCGAGAGGCCUGCUGCCCCGCCUGCAGCAUCCAGUAG